CCACCCUCUCUAUAUAUAAACCCUUCUCCCACUCUCCACUCCCACAACUUUCUUUACUCUCUAAAGACUUUUCCCUUUUACCCAUCUUUAGAAAUCAAACAAAUCUUUUAUCUUCUUCAACAAUCAAGAAAAUCCAUUCUUGGUUUUGUUCUUUUGCACAAGCUUCUCAAGAAUCAAGAAAUCGAUUCUUGCCUUUUUUCGCUCUCCUUUCUCACAUACGUACAUAAGUUAUCUCUUGAUAAUUCAAGAAUCAAGAAUUAUGGCUCUUGAAGCGCUGAAUUCACCCACCACAGCCACUCCUUUCAAUUAUGAGGAUACUUGGACCAAAAGAAAACGCUCCAAGAGGCCUCGUGGUGAAUCUCCUCCUACCGAAGAGGAGUAUCUCGCUCUUUGCCUUAUUAUGCUUGCUCGCGGUGGCUCCACCAGUCCCACAGCUGAAGAAAUCGCAUCUACAUCUCCACCGCCACCGCAACCGCCAGCUUUGAAUCUCUCUUACAAGUGUACUGUUUGCAACAAAGCUUUCCCUUCUUAUCAAGCUCUUGGUGGACACAAAGCCAGCCAUAAAAAAUCCUCCUCUGAUUCCGCCGCCGCCGCCGCCGCCGCCGCCAACGACAAUCAUUCAACCUCUACCGUCACGACCACAGCUGCCAUCGCUGCAACUACAGGUAGAACCCACGAGUGUUCUAUCUGUCAUAAGACCUUCCCCACCGGUCAAGCCUUAGGUGGCCACAAGCGCCGGCACUAUGAAGGACCUGUUGGUGGCCACAACCAUAGCAGCAGUGCUGUAACCUCAUCGGAAGGUGGCGCCAGCCAAAGUCAAAGUCAAAGCCGCGGCGGUUUUGAAUUUGACUUGAACUUGCCAGCUUUGCCGGAGUUAUGGCCAGGCAACAGAGAGCAAGAAGUGGAGAGCCCUUUGCCUGGAAAGAAACCAAGAUUGUCUUUGUUGCUUAAACAAGAAAAAACUGAAAUGAAAGUUCCUUUGCAAGAUUAGAAUUAUGUAGUUUGCAGAUUGAUUUUUAUUUUUAUUUUUGGGUUUUGUACAGAAAAGAAAUCUGUUCAUUGUCUGUGAUUUUUUUAAUAAUUACUAUUAUUCAUUUAAUUCAUUCAUUAAA